AUGGGAUUAGAAAAGCGUCGCUUUGAGUCCCUAUCGGAACCGAUUUCGAGGUAUCCGGAAGAAACCGGAGCCAUGGUUCAUGGCAUUAUAGCUAUGAUGUUCAGGAUAAAAAUCAUGAAUUUUGAGCCGUCGCACGAUAUGAGAUUCUCGAUUCAGCUAAGCGAUUACCGGAACGUAAAAUGUGAACCAACCAUCGUUGCCACCUCCACAUCCAAUAUAAAGACCAACAAUAACAGCAAUAACACCAUCAUCAGCAACAGCAAUGGCGUUAGCCACGUGAAAGCUAAUUCCUCAAGACAUUUAACGCCCCCAUCAGAUAAGAAAGCAGAUAAAUCACCCUCGCCUGUGACGCCCGUAGGCACCAACUCAUCUUCCAUAGACAGCAGCAGCAGCAGUACAACAGGUCGUCAAUCGUCGUCUGCGGGCGGUUCGUUCCAGUACGAUGCCACGUCGCCAAUAUUCCGCGAUCGAAGCAUCGAAGAAACGGAAGCCGCCCAUGAUUUAUUGUCCUUAUCGCAGAGCCUACCCCCGCUUCCGGCUCCGUGCGUUGUGACAAUCCUUCAUCCCAGCACGGAACCGACCAUGAACUUUGUCACGUCUAGCACUCCAGUCAGCACAACGCAAACCCCACAAGCCACGGACGGUCAACCAGCGACAACGACGCUCGUCCAGAACGGCAGCAUCAUAAACUUCGUCGACGGCGGAAGCUACCAGUGUCCCCCGGGAUCCGGGCCGAUAUCGAUGAUUAUUCCGUGCUACGAAAUUACAACAACGAGUGUCCCCGUGGUGAAGACCAUCACUUCGGCAGCCCCACUUACGCCACCCACUUCGGAGCACUCGUCCGACACGGAAAGCAAUGGCUCUUCCCCAACCACUUCAGCGUCGGUGGUCUCAUUCGUAUCGUCUUCCAAUCAAUCCAUCAAGCGGAAAAAAGCAUGUCCCUCAACGACACUAGUCGCACAAGGCAACAAGAAAGCCAAUCUCACGGUAUCCGAACAAUCGGUGUCAUCAACUACCGUCCACCAUCAGCCUCAGAACAAACCGGUUGCCGCCGAGCUCUACACCUACGAUGACCUCAUCUCCAGUGACGGACGUUCUAAAAAUCGAAAGAAACCCGCAACUAAUCCACCUCCUCCCAUAGACAAACCCAAUUCUCCAACAGACCAAACUCAACCUCCCGUAGAACCUCCAAAUCCAAGCCCAACCACCACUUCCCCCAAGGGCAAAUAUCGGUGCCCUGAAUGCGGCAAAACCUACGCAACCUCCAGUAACCUCUCACGCCACAAGCAAACCCAUCGGAGCUUGGACUCCCAAUCCGCUAAGAAAUGCCAAACCUGCGGUAAGGCGUACGUCUCCAUGCCGGCCUUGGCGAUGCAUCUACUUACGCACAAGCUCUCCCAUAGCUGCGGCGUCUGCGGCAAGCUCUUCUCCCGUCCGUGGCUUCUGCAGGGUCACCUCCGGUCCCACACCGGCGAGAAACCGUACGGCUGCGGUCACUGCGGCAAAGCCUUCGCCGAUCGGUCCAACCUGCGGGCCCACAUGCAAACCCACUCGACGGACAAGAACUUCGAGUGCCAACGGUGCCACAAGACGUUCGCGCUGAAGUCCUACCUGAACAAACAUCUGGAAUCGGCCUGCUACAAGGAGGACGACAUGGUCGGCGGCCGGAAGAUCUACCACAGCAGUCAGGACAUCGAUCGCGACGAAGCGCGGCAGAGACAGCUGCAGCAACUUCAGGACGAGAACAGCAGCAUGACCAUCGAUGUGGUCACGACGACGACCAAUACCUGUAGCGGGUUUGAGGGUUUGAAAAGGGAUCGGUUGGGCGAUGAUAGCGAUGUCGACGCUGCGGGUGCGGACGAUGAAGAUGAUGUCGAUGAAGAUGAGGUGAUCGAUGUGAUUACGGCGUAA